AUGCCCUGGCAACAGGCACAGCCUGACUUCCGCUCUCACGUACCCCACAGUAUGACCUUCUCGGAGAAGCAAAUGGUUGAGGAGGUAUUUUGGCGCGCCAAUUCUUCUUCUCUAAGACUCAACUUGAAGCCAGACAUAUUCGACAUGAAUGAGAUUCCACAGUCUCGGCAGUUCUUAAAUGCCGCCUUGCUCAGUCUGGCUCACUCAAAGAAACUUCCUCCAGACUUGUCAGCAGCAGCACUGCCGCACAAAGAAGAUGAUCAUAAGCGGUGGAAGUCCAACUUCCACUGUUGGUAUCCCAUGUCGGUCGUGUUGGUCCAUCCCAACCUCGAUCUAUUGGACGUGGAAAUGGUACUUGGACUUUUUUUGGACACCGUCCGAGUUUUCAGUCUUUGCCUACGGAAGCAAAGCCGAGCCAACUCUCCGAAAGCAACCAAAGCGGGAUUUAUCAGUCGUAAAGGAUGUAAAGACGCGGGCAAAAAUCUCGUAGAUCUUCGUAACGAUCAUCUUCGAGGAUCUUUCUUGUGCACAGCCUCAGCCUUAGACGUUCAGUGCUUUGGGGGACUGUGUAAAACAAGAGAGGUUCGGCUCGAAUUGACGCCAUAG